AUGGUCGAAGCUUUUCACGACUUUGCGCCGGCACGGCCGAUACGCAAGAAAUUCGCCAAACCGCCCGUCAAAGUAGCCUGUUUGCCUUGUCGCUCCUCAAGGACUCGUUGCGGAGGGCAGGAGCCCUGCUCCAAUUGUGUCUCCAAGGGUCGCAAAUGUUCGUACUUGCCCAGCAAACGAGGUGGUCCUCGCAAGAAGAAGCAGAAGGCCUCGCCGUCGUCCGAGGACUCGCCGGACGACGCCCAGUAUGCCGUGGUGCCCGAUUUUGAAGAGCCGGCUGGCAUGUUCAGCCAGAUCGAUGUGCUCUCUGCACCGGGCGCGGGAUUGCGACAUCUGGAUUUCACACUGUCUCCCUUGCUCCAGGCCUACUUCCCAGAUGGGAGCUCGUCUUCGGUUCAGUUGGACCCAGUGCCUUCGCCCUUGAACACCACGCAGAGCUUCGUGAGAACCUAUGGUAGCGAGCCAGAGAUUCUUAACGCCUACUACGACUUUAUUCACACAUAUUUCCCCAUCUUACCACCUCGAGCGUCACCCCCGUGCCGGGAUCGACCACUGCAAUGCCCAGUUUCUUGUUCGAGCCCGCCCGUGGAGCCAUUAAUGAUGUACCGCCCUCGGUCGCCUCUAAGUCUUGCUAUUGCCGCUGUCCUCGCGCUCAUUCCGCAUCCUGAUGACCCGGAGCCGUCUUCCCCGACGUCCGUCUUACAGCGAAGGACGUACGCGCAUACGUUUGCGCAACUGGCUAACUCUAUAAUCGAGGCCGAAUGUGAUCUUGAGCUGUCAUCAACCGAUCCCGGCCAGGCCUUAUCAAGUUCGCGACCCUCAAUCAGCCGAGAGAGACUACACCCGCGAGUUCCUGAGGAUCUGGAGACACUACUUGCUUUAUUACUUCUUUCCGCAUACGAAUAUACCCAAAGAGGCAACCUUCUUAAAAUGAGAUAUCGUGCAGGUCAGGCCUUGGCUCUAGCUUUGGAUAAAUCCCUUCAUGCCGACUUAAAGGAGGAUGAAUCCUCUGAAGCCCGAAGGAGAGCAUGGUGGAUGACGUACUACUGCGUUGUGCAAGGCUCCAUUGUGAGCACGACUCCGCCGACUAUUGUUGUCAAUGACCCUCAAUUUACAACGCCCUAUCCACGGUUUUCCGCAGAUGCCGAGGGCUGGUCGAUUUUAAUUCAAGCACAGCAAGUUUUGAUGUCUGCGACUCAGUUCAUCCACGAUCUGAACAAGUGCCUCUCGUCGCAAUCUGGCAUGCACUACAUGUUCGAACGCAUGCACCAACCAGACUCCUGGACCAACUCUGUGCUUGCGCAGACAGAAAUUCUUCCCAUUGUCUCGCAUGAUGCCGGCUUUGGUGAUCAACAUGAAACUAUCACCGCCCAGAGUAUACGCUCAAUAUCACGCAUCAAAUUGUCCAGUGCCCAAAUUAAAAUACACCGCUUCAGAGCAUUCAGCGACAUACCUCUUUUCAUUAAAAGACACUGCGACCUAACCUCCGCAAGCCCAAGCACCACUCCGGCCGAUCUAAGCAACAAGUCCCCAAUGUCAGCAUCAGGAAUCAAUCCCGUGUCUUGUUCAUGCAGCAACCUUAACUCGUUCCAACGCGCAUCUUCCACUGAAUACAUGACCCCAUCCGACUCCUCAACUUCCUCCGACGUCCACCCCUACGUCCCACAUUAUCCACAUUACCCAUUCGCAUCCGGCUUUCCAUAUAGUCCGCAGCAUUCUGCGAAAAUAUGCCUCCGUGCCGCCCUUGUUAUAUCUCGCACGUUCGAGAAUUUGCCUUUCCCGCAGCCGCUCCCUGGUAACCAACAGCAGCAGAAUCAGCAAAGGCCCCAGCUUCCCCGAACAAUGCCAUCUUUCGCAUGCUGCCUUAUGCAGAGUAGCUAUGCGAUGUUUAUGAUUUUCUACAAAGCUCGCGUGGCGAAGCAGUUUUCCCCGGACUCGGAGAAUGAAAUUGCAAGCGAUUCGACCGACCGAUUAGUCGAGGAGCUACGACAGGGACUGCAGCGGAUCAUUGGGGCACUUUCGAACUAUUCGAUUGCUUUUGAGGCGUUGGAUGGGAUGAGAGAUGAAAUCCAAGGUGCAUUCCACACGGCGUUUCCCAUAUCUGUUUGA